GAAAUGUCUGAGCAUCAUCCAUAAUGUUUGUGAGCAUGAUAAGUAAGAGAGGUCAGAGAGAAUGCAAAUAAUUUGAGUCUCAAAACUCAAGAAAGCGAAAAACUGGAUUCCAAAUUGGAGCAAAAGUUUCAUUUUCAUAUGGAUCGCAUGCAUAGAUAUGGAGAUGGUCUUUCAACUCCUACCAACCUAACAAUUGAACAAUUCCUUCGAGAUGGUGAAUCAUCUGGUUCAAGGCGAUCACCGACAUCCUUGUCUUUAUCGCCUACACUUGGGAGGGAACAUGAUUUAAAUGAAGAGCACAUUCAUGGACACAACCAGAAGAAAUCAGUUCUAAUGAAGGUGAAAGAGAAGGCCAAGAAACUGCGCCACACUCUCAGCAGCAAGAAGAAACAAAACGAAGACGGUAGUAGCACGCCCACAUGGGGUGUUACAUUGGAGGAUGAUGAUGAAUUGGAAGUAGAAGAUGCUGAGUAUCUUGGAGCCCCAAUGUACGAAUCGGAGCUGGCACCGGAGGGAUACAAGGAGAAUGCAAGGCAGCAUCCAAGAGCAGUUCCAGUGAUCUCCGAGAAGCAUGUUUUGCCUUCUUCUGUCAAACAAGGCUCUGAGAGUCCUCUUAGUCCCAACCAGGCAGGUGUAAAUUCUACUAGUAGUCCUAAUAAUAAGACAAUCACUGACACUGUGACCGAGAAGUUGGCACCAGCCUAUGCCACUGUAUCAGAUGCAACUCAUGCAAUUGCCUCAAAGAUUCAAAACCUUGCUGUGUCUGCAACCGCGGCAGCUACUUCACAGCAGCAGCGGCAGCAGCCUGGUUCUGCCCCCGCAGCACCACAAAUGAAUCCAAUGCAGGCAGCUUCGGGAAGCGUUUUAGCUCCCGUGGAGACGCAAUCCUCUUCGGCCCCUAGUUCUACCCGUUCGAUGGGUACACAAGCAGGAAAGAAUGCCAGUAGUGUUGAUCAGCAAAUAUGGGAUAAGGGUGUUUCAGUGAAGCAGUAUUUGAUGCAUAAAUUUGAGCCAGGGGAAGAUGAGAGAGCACUUUCACAGGUGAUAUCCGAGGCAAUGAGUCCGAGGAAAACUGGUGGUGGUGAUCAUGUUGGUGUGGUGGAGAAGGUGAGAGAAGCUGUUACUUCUUUGCUAAGGCAUGAUCAUCAAGAGCCGUCCAUUUCCAAAUCUACCUAUGCUCGCUCUGCCACAAUGCCUCCCACUACUUCCCGCAUUCCCAUCUCUACCAAUGCUCAUGAAGUUGGUGAAGAAGAAACUCAUGGAAGAAUACUCCAAGCCAAUUAGUUGAAAAAAGGAUUAUUCUGCAUAUAUAUUAACUUUUUUUUUUGGUAAUAUUCUACAUAUAUAUAUUAACUAAACCACAAAUUGAUCUCAUAAUAUAUAAUAUAUGGCUCCUCAAGAUCAUAUUUGUUGAAUUUUUUUUUAAUAUAUAUUUAUCUUCUUGAUUUGUAAUUAAUAGUCCAUAUAAUGGGCACUGAUAAAAAAAAAAAAAAACACUUUUGAAGCUGUAGAAGAUUAAAUAUAUAUAUAUAUAUAUAUAUAUCCAAACCAAUGUAAUUAUUUUGCAAAGUUCCUGUUUUGGAAUUUUGUUGUAUUUU